AUGCCUCCCUGGAUCCUUGGAGAAGAGCGUUUCAACUCCGUCUACCCCCACAAGGGCUCUAUCAAAGCCCUUUGGGAGACUAAGUGGAAAUUCUGCAGCUCCAAAUCGAUCUACCCAUUCCACGAUGGCGCUUUCGAGGACUUUGAGCCCAUUUUUGAGAAGCUGAUCGCUGAAAACAUCAACGACCCCUUCACAGACGCCUACACAUCAGCCUUCACCCCGGUCGUCGAUGCCCUGGAAAAGGAGGCCGACGCAGCGCUCGCGUCCAACCAGGCCGGCCGCGCUUCGGACCUCUACCGCCGCGCCGCCGUCGUCCUCCGCAUCUCGCGCUUCCCCUACGUCAGCCCAACGACGCGGCCCUCCAACCAAGCCAAACGCGCCGCCUUCAACCGCCAGAAAGACCUGUACCUCAAGGCCUCCGCCCUCUGGACCCCGGUGCUCAAGGAAGAAGUGAUCCCCCACACCCAUCGCGCCAGCAACGACGGCCCGAGUAUCCCGCUCUAUAUCCGCCUCCCCGUCGAAGCAUCCGCCUCCAACCCCGUCCCGGUCGUCUUCCUCAUGACAGGCCUGGACGGCUACCGCCCCGACAACAGCCAGCGCACGCACGAGAUCACCAACCGCGGCUGGGCGGCUGUCAUCGCCGAGAUCCCCGGCACCGCGGACUCGCCCGCCGACCCGGCGGAUCCGGAAUCCGCGGACAGACUCUGGUCCAGCGUGCUGGAUUUCAUCGCGCAGCGGCCAGAGCUGGAUGACGCGCGGGUGGCGGUUUGGGGGCUAAGCGCGGGCGGCUUUUAUGCGAUUCGGGCGGCGUGUACGCAUCGGAAGAGGUUGAUUGGGGCGAUGGCGCAUGGGGCUGGUUCGCAUCAUUUUUUGAGUCCGGAAUGGUUGAGUAAGGUCAAUGACCAUGAGUAUCCCUUUACGAUCACGGAUAGCUGGGCGGAGAAAUAUGGGUAUGAGACGACGGAGGAGUUUAUUCGGGAUUCGCAGAAGAAGUUCUCGCUUGUCGAGACAGGGGUAGUGGACCAGCCGAAUUGUCGGUUGUUGUUGCUGAAUGGCGUUGAUGACGGCGUGGUGCCUAUUGAGGACUCGCUGAUCUUGUUCAACCAUGGUGGUCCUAAGGAAGGCCGCUUCUUCGAGGGCAUGCUGCAUAUGGGAUACCCUAACAGCUUGCCUGUUUCGUAUAAAUGGUUGGAAGAUCUGCUCUCUCCUAAUGCCUCGGAGGUAAAGAACUAG